AUGACGUCAUAUGGCAGAGCAACGGCUUGUCUAUCUAUGAACCCCGAUACCCUGUUGAAUAGUCCUCCCCAUUGGAAAAAGCACAACGCGUGGAUCAAAACUACCGACGACGAUGCGCCCUCGGUCCGGAUUAGCUACAUCGACUGCGCACCAUCAACCUCUUCGCUUGCCAAGGGAGUAUUGCUCCUAAUCCACGGUUUUCCUCAAACCUCGUACCAAUUCCGCCAUGUAAUACGACCACUGGCUGAUGAGGGUUUCCGGGUAAUAGCUCCCGACUACCGCGGAGCUGGACAAUCAUCGCAUCCAUCUCACGAUUUUAGAAAGUCCACGAUGGCUCGAGACCUAUUUGUCCUUAUUCACGAUCAUCUUCACAUCGAGUCGCCCAUAUAUCUCGUUGGCCAUGACAUUGGCGGGAUGAUUGCGCACGCAUACGUUUCGAUGUAUCCGCAACAUGUCGCCUGUAUUAUCUGGGGAGAAUGUCCGCUUCCUGGAACUUCCUGCUACCUCGCAAACAAGCGGAUGCCGGAGCAGUUCCAUUUCAUGUUUCAUUGUGCGCCGGACGACUUGGCACCGUCACUUGUCGCGGGGAGGGAGAAAAUGUACUUGAAUCAUUUCUUCUCCAGGCUAAGUUUCAACGCCGACGCCAUAUCGGCUGCUGACUGCGAGUAUUAUGCCUUGCAAUAUUCGCAACCGGGGGCCCUUCGGUGUGCAUUCGAAGUAUACCGGGCCUUUGAAGAGGAUGCUAAGGAGAAUCUCGAGUCGCUACGUCUGAAAGGCAAGUGUAUGCGGCCUGUGCUCAUUCUAAGUGGCUCGGAAAGUCGUCAUGCCGCCGAAGCCAAAGAUAUGGUAACGGAGGUUUAUGGCGGUGAUAUUCACGUCGCGGUGGUGGAAGAUUCUGGCCAUUACAUUGCGGAAGAGAACCCCGCUGGCUUUGUGCAGGCGGUUUUGGCAUUCGUGUCCAAGUACCCGCUACAGUUGUGA